AUGCUCGCUUUCAUCUGUGGAGCCCAGCUCUGCCACGGCUCUCCGGGCAGCUUCCGCGGCUCCAGCGGCGGCCCCGCCUCGGGCCGCACGGUCUCGGCGAAGGACGUGGAGUCGAGCUUGGGGGCCUCCUUGGAGGCAGUCCUGCAGGGCAGCAGCGGCGACGCGGCACGUCGGCUGUCUCGGAUCGAGUCUGCCAUGUGGCAAACGUUCCAGGCGCUGCCCAAGAACGAGAUGGGGCGCCUGGCGCCGCGAGCGGUGCGCCACAUCGUGCACAGCUACUUCGCGAAGGAGCACGGCUGGAUCAUCAACGGGCUGGAGCCCCACGGCAUGAGCGCGAACGUCUCCGAGGUGCACGAGGUGGACAUCCUGCAGGACAAGGCCCCGGCGUUCGUGGAGGCCCUGCUCGAGUCCCGCCGCGCUGGCCGGGGGCUGUCCCUCGGCGACGUGGUGGCCAUGGCGGCGGCCCUGGAGCGCCUCAUCUUCGACGAGUCCCUCUCCCUGCUGCAGGUGGCUUACGCGCUCAACGGGCAGUCCGCCGCGGAGCGGCUGGGGGCCAGCGAGCUGCACGAGGUGCUGUCGUCCUACCUGAUGAUCUUCGAGAUCGGUGUCCGGGUGAACGUCACAGACGUCCCGAGGCACCGCGCCAUGAAGGACGCCGUGGCCAGCGCCGGAGGCAGCUGGCCGCUUCUCGUCGAGUUCGAGCAGGCGGCGGUACACAACUACGACUUCGAGAGCUACCACCGGACCAACCCGUUCGUGGCGCGCCGGUACUCGUUCGGCGAGGCCUCUCGGGUGGUGGAGAGCCUGGCGCAGGACUAUGGCAAGUGGCAGAACACCGAGUGCCGCCAGAUGCGGCAGGAACUGGAGGAGCUGGACCCGGACGGCUCGGGGCGCGUGCCACUCCGGGCCUUCUACUCGCAGCCAGAGACGGCGGACUACCAGUUCCACGAGUCCGUCGACUACCUCCGGCAGAUCGGCGCGCUGGACGAGGCCACGAGCAGCGUGCGCAUCGCCAACUACAUGGUGGGGCCCUCCAACUGCAUCGCCAAGUCGACGUACUACUCGGUGUGCUGCCUGAGCGACUGCGAGGGCCUGCUGAACGAGCUGGAGGGCAAGAUCCAGGCCCCCGCGGCCACCCCGGGCCGCAUCAUGUCGGAGGUCCGCAACCUCACCGCGUCCCCAGACAUGCGCCUGCCCCCCGACGCCGCCGAGGCGAGGCUGCGCGACAUCGCGGGCCGCAACGGCGGGGAGGUGCCCCUGCACGGCCGGCUCUUCGCCGAGUUCCUCCACAACGCCUUCCCCGCCGAUUGCCCGUACCCGCACGUGGCCGAGGACGCGUCGGCCUUCGCUCCGGGUCGCUGGUCCUCUGGGAGGGCCACGGCGUCCGAGGAGGAGCGCAGGCAGCACGUCGAGGCCGCGCCGGGCGACUGGGAGCGGGGGGAGCUGGGGGCGGCCACCACUUCCUGGAGCGAGGAGGAGGUGCUGCCAGUGCUGGAGGCCCCGAGGCGCGCCCGCGGCGCCUGGAGCGGCGCCGCGCGCUCCGUGGCGCAGGCGGCGGCGGCCCUGGCGGUGCUGCGCAUCGCUCUGUCCGGGUGGCGCGCCGCGCGGGGGGCGGCGGGCGGCGCGGGGAAGGACAAGGGCCUCGUCCUGCCUCUGCGCCUCUGCCACGGCUCUCCGGGCAGCUUCCGCGGCUCCAGCGGCGGCCCCGCCUCGGGCCGCACGGUCUCGGCGAAGGACGUGGCGCUGCCCAAGAACGAGAUGGGGCGCCUGGCGCCGCGAGCGGUGCGCCACAUCGUGCACAGCUACUUCGCGAAGGAGCACGGCUGGAUCAUCAACGGGCUGGAGCCCCACGGCAUGAGCGCGAACGUCUCCGAGGUGCACGAGGUGGACAUCCUGCAGGACAAGGCCCCGGCGUUCGUGGAGGCCCUGCUCGAGUCCCGCCGCGCUGGCCGGGGGCUGUCCCUCGGCGACGUGGUGGCCAUGGCGGCGGCCCUGGAGCGCCUCAUCUUCGACGAGUCCCUCUCCCUGCUGCAGGUGGCCUACGCGCUCAACGGGCAGUCCGCCGCGGAGCGGCUGGGGGCCAGCGAGCUGCACGAGGUGCUGUCGUCCUACCUGAUGAUCUUCGAGAUCGUGUCCGGCGCCGGAGGCAGCUGGCCGCUUCUCGUCGAGUUCGAGCAGGCGGCGGUACACAACUACGACUUCGAGAGCUACCACCGGACCAACCCGUUCGUGGCGCGCCGGUACUCGUUCGGCGAGGCCUCUCGGGUGGUGGAGAGCCUGGCGCAGGACUAUGGCAAGUGGCAGAACACCGAGUGCCGCCAGAUGCGGCAGGAACUGGAGGAGCUGGACCCGGACGGCUCGGGGCGCGUGCCACUCCGGGCCUUCUACUCGCAGCCAGAGACGGCGGACUACCAGUUCCACGAGUCCGUCGACUACCUCCGGCAGAUCGGCGCGCUGGACGAGGCCACGAGCAGCGUGCGCAUCGCCAACUACAUGGUGGGGCCCUCCAACUGCAUCGCCAAGUCGACGUACUACUCGGUGUGCUGCCUGAGCGACUGCGAGGGCCUGCUGAACGAGCUGGAGGGCAAGAUCCAGGCCCCCGCGGCCACCCCGGGCCGCAUCAUGUCGGAGGUCCGCAACCUCACCGCGUCCCCAGACAUGCGCCUGCCCCCCGACGCCGCCGAGGCGAGGCUGCGCGACAUCGCGGGCCGCAACGGCGGGGAGGUGCCCCUGCACGGCCGGCUCUUCGCCGAGUUCCUCCACAACGCCUUCCCCGCCGAUUGCCCGUACCCGCACGUGGCCGAGGAUGCGUCGGCCUUCGCUCCGGGUCGCUGGUCCUCUGGGAGGGCCACGGCGUCCGAGGAGGAGCGCAGGCAGCACGUCGAGGCCUCGCCGGGCGACUGGGAGCGGGGGGAGCUGGGGGCGGCCACCACUUCCUGGAGCGAGGAGGAGGUGCUGCCGGUGCUGGAGGCCCCGAGGCGCGCCCGCGGCGCCUGGAGCGGCGCCGCGCGCUCCGUGGCGCAGGCGGCGGCGGCCCUGGCGGUGCUGCGCAUCGCUCUGUCCGGGUGCGAGCAGGUGCGCACGGAGCGAACCCCAGCUGCCCCAGCUGCGCCAGGUGCGAGCGGGCACGCACGGAGCCAGGGCAAGCCUCGAGCCGUCUGCCAGAUGGCCGCCACGGCGGGGACCUCGAGUCAGACCUCGGGGGCGGCGUGCAGCUCGCUCUUGCAGCGCCGCGGAGCCGAGCGGCUCGGCGCUGUGCUCGUCUCCGCUGGGGGCAGGCACUCCGACGGGAGCUGCCCCGGGGGGACGCCCUCCACGCGCUGCCCCUCGAGCCCGCUCCUGGCGACGAGCCCCGCGAGCAGCUCCGACUCGGAGGGCGAGGGCCGCGAGCCCGAGGCCCGGAGGCUGCCCGUGCUGCUGGGGUGCGCAGGCCGCGCCGCGAGGCACUCGCUGGGUGGCCCAGCGGCCGGCGCGGGCGGUCUGGACGCCCACGAGAUGGCCGCGCGGGCGCGCGAGGCCUUCCUCGCCAGGCCAGACGCCGAGCGCGCAGCGGCAGGGUGCGCAGCAAACAGCCUCCCUCAGGCGGCUGGGCGCCGCGUUCGCUCUCCCGAGGGCCACCUGCAGACUGCGGCGUGCGGCGAGGUGCUCCGCCGGCGCGCUGCGUACGCGUUGGCGUGCCCCAGGAGCGCCACGCGGCUGCGGGCUCACACCGGGGCCGUGCGCGGUUUCGAGGAAGAACUUCGCUCCGCAGGCGCCGUCGUUGACCUGGAACGGCGGGUGCUCGACCUUUACCGUACGCUGCCGGACCGCACGAUCCGGGAGGCGGACAUGGACCUCGUCGAGCAGUGGUGGCUGGACGUCUCCGUCCGGUCGCCCUUCAAUCCUCUGCUGGCGACGCGCUACGGCGAGCAGGUGCGCAGCAUCGCUGUCGAUGUGGAUGGCCGCCUCGGCGCCGGCGCUGCCGCGGCGCUCGCGGAGCUCGCGGCCGCUUCGCAGACGCACGGCCGCCUGCAGCGCGUUGGCCGCCGCGCCGUGGUGCCGCGUCGGGUCGCCGAGCGGCUCUGCACCAUGGUGGUGCUGUAG